AUGGAUGCUAUUGCCUCGAUUUUACAGAAGAAGCUUGAUCCAAAUAGUGAAUCUUUCAUAAAAGCACAUUCGGAUGAAGAUCGUUGCUUAAAGUUGGAGGGUUAUACUGGAGAUUGCAGCCCUAAAGAUUUGUUGGAGUGUAUUCGACAAUUGGAGAAGAUGACAUACUUUAUUUAUAGCAAGAGUGUAGAAGAUCAUCUAUUACAUUUGCGUAGCCUCUUUGAGAAACUUAUGGAGCAGCAGUCGUUGUAUGGGAAGAUAAAGAAGUAUGAAUUCUUAGUUUCUGGUGUUGCGUUCUUGGGGUAUAUUGUUUCACAAGAGGGAGUUCAUGUUGAUCCUAAGAAGUAUAAAGAGGGGAAGAGUAAUGUGGUUGUGUAUGCUUUAUCUCGUCGUGCUUAUUUUUUGCCAGUAAGGGAUGCACAAGUGCUACGCUUUGAGCAUUUGAGUGAGUUAUGUAAAGAUGAUGCUGAUUUUGGUGAGAAAUUGGAGAAAUCAGAUGGCGCAUUUGUGGUUCAAGAGGGUUUCUUGUUCAAGGGAAACAAAUUGUGUCUGCCUAAAUGUGGAGUGAGGAUCUUGUCAGUAAUUGAGGUGCAUAGUGGGGGAGUGGCUGGACAUUUUGGAGUGCAAAAGACUCUUGAAACACUUCAAGAGAACUUCUAUUGGCCGAAGAUAAUUAAGGGUGUUCUUGGUGAUUAG